UGAGUGUCAACACCCUCACGGUCUGGGGUGCAAGAAUUGGGGUGGGGAAAGGUUCAGUACAAAGCCAACCAACAACCUCAAAAAUGAAGUUCACUCUCCUCCCUCUCAUCGCCCUCGCCACCUCCAUCCCUGCGGCCCUUGCUGCUCCAGCCCCAGACGCCGUAGCCGCCGCCGAAGUCCCAGAGGCGACGGUCUUCUCCGCCCCGCUCGUCGGGCGCGAUGUCGAGCUGCUCGAGAAGCGUGCCAACGCCGGCGUCGUCCGCGUCGACGGCCUGCGCUACCGCACCUGCCCGCGCACCAGCUGCACUGCGAUAGGCCAGUACCCUAUUGGCACGCGUAUUACUAUCGUGUGCUAUACAAGGGACAACACUACGCCUAUUAACGGUGAUAGGGGCUGGGCCAGGCUUACCAACGGCUACUGGGUGGCCCUGGCAUGGGGCGAGUACGUCUCCUGGACCGGGUCUAUCCCUUACUGUUGAA